AUUUUGGUAGUGGCAGCAAAAGAGACCCCAACCAAACACUUAAGAGUGAGUUAAGAGAGAAAGAGAGAACUAUUCUGGCCAUGGCCUUCUCGCGCCACAACAUCGAAAAGCGCCGACUCAUCGAGCUAGUUCGCCUCAAUCCCAUACUCUGGGACUGCCGUCUGCCCCACUACAAGCGCUCCGACAAAAAGAAGGCCAUCAAAUGGAACGAACUUGGCCGCAUGUUCAACGUGAACGGGGAGCGAGUGCAGCGCACCUUCACCUCGCUCCGAGAGAUCUUCAGGCGGGAGCUGAAUCACGAGAAGAUGCUGGGCACCACGCGCUUCAAGUCCAAAUGGGAAUACUACGAUGCCAUGGCAUUUCUCAAGGAAGUCAUCAGGGAGCGCAAAUCUCGUGAGCGCAUCAAGAACACUUCCGUGGACAGCAACAAUAACAACAACAACAACAACAAUACAAAUAGCAACAGCAACAGCAAUAACAACAACAAUAGCGUGGCUCACGAUGAAUACCAAUAUUUCGCGCCCAGCGAUCCAAACAAUCCCAACAAUCAGCCAUUGAAAGCGAACAUCGCAACAGUUAGUCAAGCGCCGCCAAUCCUGCCCAGCAUUAGCCAGUUGCCCGUCGGGCUGCAGCAGCAGGCACAGCAUCUGCAGGCGCUUCAACUGCAGCCGGACGUGACAUUGACAUCGCUGCAGAAGACAACGCCAGCCAUUGUCCUGCCCCUGACAGUUGCCCCAAUGCCGGCCACAUCGCCAGCUGCGGUGCAGCUGUGCAGCAGUUCGCGUUCGUGCAGCAGUUCACCCUCCAUUUACAUCAAGGACGAGCCAGACUCGCCAGACGAGACGAGCAGUCGGUCGGCGUUCAAGUCGCGCCAGAAAUUGGCCACCAUACGACCGCAGACCAAGCAGCAGUUGAAGGAACGCCUUCGGGUGGCCAAGGGGGGCGGCGGGAGCGGGCUCUAUGCAACGCCACCGCCGCAUCUGAUUAUCAGUACCAACAACGAGCUGAUCGACGUGGAUGCUGGUGACUUGGAGGAUGACGAUGACGACGAUUUGGAGUACGACGAUGAUGAGGAUGACGUUGAGGACCGGACGGCCUGUCCGCCCAAAUCCGGCGUUAAUAUGCUCGCCGCCGACGGUCAACUCUCGCCUGGCAGCAGCUUCACUGGCGCCGGCGCGACAAGUGCGCGCCAUCAGCCUAGUCCCCGGGAGCUGCUCUACAUCAAGUUUGGUGACUUUCUUGCCGCACGACUGAAUACCCUGCACGAAACGGUAGCCAAUGAGCUGAUGAACAAGAUCCUACUGCUAAUUGCCGAGAAGUGAGGAGUGGAAAGUGCAGUUCGCCACGUGAAUCGAGGGAUCUAAUCCGUGCUAGCUGUGUGAGCGACGGUUGCGUUAAACUGAAGCAAACAGCUAUCAUCGAUUGUGGGCGUGGCUAAACGUUAUGUAAUCUCGUUACAGCGUUUAGCAAUAAAUGAGUCUGUAUA